AGGUAUUUCCCCCAAUAUUCGGUUGAAACCAAACCAUAAAAACCGACUCCCGCUAUUUCUUCUUCUAUUGCCAUCUCUCUUAAAAAAAAAACUCAACAUUCAACAUUCUCUGCUUCCCCCCUUUCCUCUUUCAUGGAAACUCCCCGUCGCUCCUCUGUAAUCAUAGUCGGAGCCGGCAUCUCAGGUUUAACGGCGGCGAAGGUGUUGUCGGAGAAUGGAGUGGAUGAUGUGGUGAUAUUGGAAGCGGCUGAUAAGAUAGGCGGGAGGAUAAGGAAGGAGGAAUUCGGCGGAGUAGCGGUGGAACUCGGUGCCGGUUGGAUCGCCGGUGUCGGCGGCAAACAAGCUAAUCCUGUAUGGGAACUUGCACUUCAGUCUAAUCUCCGAACAUGCUUCUCCGAUUACAGUAAUGCUCGUUAUAACAUCUAUGAUCACAGUGGGAAGAUAUUUCCGAGUGGAAUAGCGGCAGAUUCGUACAAAAAAGCGGUGGACUCGGCUAUUCAGAAACUGAGAAGCCAAGAAGGAAACCAUCAUGAAACCACUGAAGAUACCUCCAUUUCUACUGAAACGCCGUCUACUCCAAAAACACCAAUAGAACUAGCGAUUGACUUCAUUCUCCAUGACUUUGAAAUGGCAGAGGUUGAGCCAAUAUCAACCUAUGUGGAUUUUGGAGAGAGAGAAUUUCUUGUUGCUGAUGAAAGAGGGUAUGAACAUUUGCUUUAUAAAAUGGCAGAAAACUUCCUUUUUACCUCUGAGGGUAAAAUUAUGGACAGCCGACUCAAGCUCAAUACGGUUGUUCGGGAAGUGCAGCACUCGAGAAACGGCGUCUUGGUGACGACAGAAGAUGGUUCCCUUUACGAAGCCAAUUAUGUGAUUUUGUCUGUUAGCAUUGGUGUUCUCCAAAGCGACCUCAUUUCCUUCUCACCCCCUUUACCUAGAUGGAAGAUGGAAGCCGUCAGAAACUUGGAUGUGAUGGUUUAUACAAAGAUCUUUCUCAAAUUUCCUUAUAAGUUCUGGCCUUGUGAACCUGAAAAGGAGUUCUUCAUCUAUGCUCACGAGCGAAGAGGCUACUAUACUUUCUGGCAGCACAUGGAAAAUGCUUACCCGGGCUCCAAUAUGCUAGUGGUAACCUUGACAAAUGGUGAGUCGAAGCGUGUGGAAGCUCAAUCUGAUCAAGACACAUUAAGAGAAGCAAUGGAAGUGUUGAGAAAUAUGUUUGGGCCUGACAUUCCCGAUGCCACCGACAUAUUAGUCCCACGCUGGUGGAAUAAUCGGUUUCAGUGUGGUAGCUACAGUAAUUACCCCAUAUAUGCAAAUCAUCAACUCGUCCAUGAUAUUAAGGAACCAGUGGGGCGGAUAUUUUUCACAGGAGAACACACAAGUGAAAAAUUUAGUGGCUAUGUCCAUGGAGGUUACCUUUCAGGUAUAGACACUACCAAUGCUUUACUUUUAAAAAUGAGAAGGGAUGAUGGAAGGAAGAAUGAGAGUCAAGCUUUUCUGUUAGAACCAUUGCUAGCAUUAACAGGAUCUUUGACAUUGACACAAGCUGAGACCGUAUCAAGUCUCCACAAAUGUGAUAUUCCACGACAACUCUUCCUUAGUAACAGCAAAUUGGGACUUUCAGAGGCUAUCUUAUGAGACUAAAUGAACCUCUGGAUAAAAUUUACUCUGACAGAUCUUGCUAUCCAACCACUGAUAAACUCGGUUUGCUGGACUCCAACAAAAAGACGGUACAAGUCCUUUGUUGGAGCAGAGAAACUUGACAGGGGUGCGUACAAUUCCUCUCCCUGAGAAGAAGGAUAUAGGGUAGUUUCCAGGAUAUUCAUUUGUGAAAUUCAUUGCAGAUACAUACAAUUGUUAUUAGGAGUAAAGUCAUAGAAAGGUAUCAUGGUGACAAAUGCGCAGUACUAAUGAUAUUCAACACAUGAAAAUUAAGUAACAAGAUGACUGACUAUGUUCAGUUGCUUUUCAAUCUUAUUUCUUCUGUUCAUCGAUUAUUAUUCCUAAUGUAAUCCUGAAGUCUGUAUAUCAAAACAUUACUUUGGUCU